UUAUGGCUAAAGCUAGAGUCGCACCUACCAAAGUUACAAGCAUCCCACGGCUAGAACUCUCAGCUGCAGUCACCUCAGCUAAAAUAAGUGUAAUGCUAAAAUCAGAGCUUGAGAUGCACAUUGAUGAGGAGUUCUUUUGGACCGACUCCCAAGUUGUUUUAGCAUAUAUCAACAACGAGGCACGAAGAUUUCAUGUCUUUGUUGCAAACCGCGUCCAGCUGAUUAGACAGAUUACAGAUCCUAAACAGUGGCACCACAUUGACACAGCUCAGAAUCCAGCAGACCAUGCUUCUAGAGGCCUUAGUGCAUCAGAGAUCAUGACAACUAGCUGGUUGUCAGGCCCAAAGUUUCUGUGGGAACAAGAGAUUUCCUACUCAACCACCCAAUCAGCUGAGGUGCUGGUGGGAGAUCCUGAAGUCAAAGUAGUCAAAACCUUUACAACUCAAACAAGCGAACAAGACAUUAUCCUCAGUCGCUUUGAAAGGUUUUCGAGUUGGUCAAUGCUCCUCAAAGUGGUGGCGAGAAUAAAAAGACUGACAAACAAAACCCAACAUGGCAAUGUUGUUACAGUGGAUGAACGCAAAAGAGCGGCUGAUACAGUAAUAAAACUCCUCCAGCAGCAAGCCUUUCCUCAGGAGCUAAGGGUGUUGAACACGAAUGAAAGCCUUCCAAGCUCUAGCCCUCUUUUCCUGCUGGAUCCCAUUCUAGAUCAUGGACUUCUCAGAGUUGGUGGAAGACUAAAAAACUCAACACUUUGUCAGGAACUGAAAUACCCGAUUAUCCUCCCAAAAGACCAUCAUAUUACAGCAUUGAUCAUUUCUCACUUUCAUGCAAAGAUUUGUCAUCAAGGCAGAAGCCAGACACUGAUGGAAAUCAGAGCAAAUGGGUUUUGGGUGAUUGGUGGGAGCAAACAAGUUGCAAAGCUAAUAAGCAAGUGCGUGCAGUGUCGAAAACUUCGUCGGCCCACAGAGGAACAACGUAUGUCAGAACUACCAAAGGAACGAGUUGAAAUCUCAGAUCCUUUCAUGCACUGUGGAAUGGACUGUUUUGGACCUUUCACCACCAGACAAGGCCGCAAAGAGUAUAAAAGGUAUGGACUCCUCUUUACAUGCCUCUCUUCACGUGCAGUCCACAUUGAGAUGUUAGAGAACCUCUCUACAGACUGUUUCAUUAACGCUCUAAGAUGCUUCAUCAGCUUAAGAGGAACUGUCAGUAAGCUGUACUGUGAUCAAGGCACAAAUUUCAUUGGGGCCAAAAAUGAGUUGAAGGAGGCUCUCAACGAAUGUGACACAAAUGCUCUGGAGGCGUUUCUUGCAGAUAAGCAAUGCGAAUUUGUAUUUAACGCCCCAUCUGCUAGCCAUGCCGGAGGUGUGUGGGAACGGCAGAUUCGAACCAUACGCAACGUUCUCAAUGCCACCAUUGCUCAAUCACAAGGCAGGUUGGAUGAUGCUUCUCUAAGAACACUAUUUUAUGAGGCAAUGUCUAUCAUCAAUGGUCGACCACUCAGUGUUGAAGGACUUAAUGACCCCAAAUCACCUGAACCUCUAACUCCUAACCAUCUGAUUUUAAUGAAAUCAAGGGUUGCUCUGCCUCCCCCUGGACAGUUUGUGAAGGAGGACUUGUAUGCAAGAAAAAGGUGGCGCAGAGUUCAAUAUCUCGCUGAACAGUUUUGGAGUAGGUGGAAAAUGGAGUACCUUCUAAACAUAUCCACAAGACAGAAAUGGCACCAGCCACGUCGAAAUCUUAAGGUCAAUGACAUUGUCAUCAUCAAGGAAGACAUGCUUCCCAGAAGCCAGUGGCAACUGGGUCGGGUUGUUGAGGCUCCAGAAGGAGAGGAUGGCUUUGUGCGCAGAGUCAAGCUUCAGGUUGGCAAUCGAAAUCCAACAAUGAAGUGGGACACAACACACAAACCUCGUGUGGUUGAGCGACCUAUUCAAAAACUUGUAGUUCUUUUAGAAAGUCACUAACAGAUCUAUGUCAGAUGCAUUGCAGCAAAGUUGGUUGUUAAUGUUAUCUGCAUCUGUUUGUAUACUACUUCCUCUAAUAUUUGUUGUUAAGCUGGAAAUCAUGUAUGACUUGUUUAUUUGUUUAGUCAUACAUGAUUUGGUGGGAGUGUAAAUGUCCGUUCUUUGUUUAUAAGUUGGAUCUAAGUUGUUACGGGUAAUGUACAGUAGGGGGCGCUGUAGCUCAGUUGGUAAUAAGGGUGCGCACAAGAGUAAGAAAGUUUCUGCUACCUCCCCGUCAGUCAGUCUCAGAGCUUAAUAUCCUACUGGCGAGAGAACGAAAGAAAGCGCUCUUUUUAUUUUGUUAGAGAUUAAGACUGGGCGCACAUUUGUUUUGAGUGCAGCUUCAUGAGGCUCAUAAGCAGCAGUUAUGGACCUACAGCUAAACACCUUGCAGCCCUUGGAAAGCGGAGCGAGUUUUCACGGUGUAAAUUCAGUAUGAAUCCAGUAAAUGAAAACAACUGCACCCGUCGAGGCUCUCCGUUUCUUCUUUGGUCUGAGGGACUGCUACAAUGAGGUUUACAUCAUUGUGGCUCAGCUCUUUGGUGGUUCCCACAUCUACAAGUUUGACGACGACCAAAGCAGGUUCAACAAGUUCCAGGACACUGACGUGUCCAAGAUGUCCAAACCCAACGACAUCGAGGCUUUUCAGAUCGGAUCAGACUGGUUCUUUGUCAUCGCUGACAGCUCCAAAGCUGGCUUGUCAACCCUGUACAAGUGGAACGACAACGGCUUUUACUCACACCAGUCCCUGCACGAGUGGUUCCGCGACACAGACGCAGAGUUCCUGAACUUAGACGGAAAGGCUCAUCUAAUCCUGGCGAGUCGCUCGCAGGUUCCAGUGAUCUACCAGUGGAGCCGGAGCAACCAGAAGUUCAUCCUACAAGGUGAUAUCCCCAACAUGGAGGACGUUGUUGCUGUGAAACACUUCCGGAUCAAGGAGGAGCUCUACCUUGCCAUGACCCGCUACAUUGGUGACUCCAAGGUCCUAAGAUGGGGACCCAAACAGUUUGCAGAGAUCCAGGCGGUACCGUCCCGAGGCUCCAUGAUCCUGCAGCCGUUCUCCUUCAAGGAGCGCUACUACCUGGCUCUGGGUAGUGACUAUACGUUCUCGCAGAUCUACCUGUGGGACGAUGACCAGAAAGUCUUCGACCGCUUCAAGGAGGUGUACAUCCAGGCACCGCGCUCAUUCACCGUGGUCUCCACCGACCGCAGGGACUUUAUAUUUUCCUCAAGCUUCAAGGGGAACACGCAGAUCUUUGAGCACGUCAUUAUUGACCUGACCUUGUGAGGGGCCGUGCCUUGUUGCCCCUCCUACAAUCAAAUGUCUUCCAUUCAACAAGAUACACGACUGAAACAAAGGAAAACGACUUUAUACAUUCAAAUAAAUGCAUAGUCAUGAUGUUAGAGCUUGGUGAGGCAUUGGCUUGACUUGAUGCCCAUCUCGAUAGAACCAUGAGCUAAAAUAACUCCAACAACCUUUACAUUUGCUGUCAUUUUUGCCAACUGAGGACACUGUCGACAAGUUUGCCUCUUUCUUCAUGUCCUCCUAGCCUGUGACAGCGUAGUAGUUCAGCGCUCUGAUGGGCUCACAGUGCCUCCUCCUGGCCGUGAUGAAGUAUCACACCCCUUUUUUUCCUUACAGGGAAUGUCUCUAAAGCACAAACCUUUAACUAUCAUAGCUGAGAUCUUAGAAUGUAGCUGUUUAGUGGAAAUGGUACUGUAGGUGCUAUUGACUGUAAUAUACAUAGCGAGUUAAUUGAAAACGAUAAUAAAUGGUUGUUUGGAGAAGUAAAAUAUUACGUUAAGUCCACCUCAGAUAAAAUUACCUGGAUGGAGAGUUAUCAUCUUGUUCCAGCUUCAGAUGAGAGGAGGUUUUUUUUGUGCCGAUCAGGUAAAUUAACCAUAUUUUCAAGUCUGAAUAAUAAUAAAAAAAAUUGCUCUUUGGUAUGUAAAAUGACAUUUUUGAAGCAUCUAUUAGAAAAAAAUAUGUAAAUACUAUCCACUGAAACGUAGAGCCUUUCCUUGUUCUUAGAAAAAAAAACUUGAAUGUUGACCUCUUACCAAGUGUACAUACGAUCAGGAUUGCAAUGCCACUACCUGUUCUUAACAGUACUUUGCACUCACUAACAAAAGUCAGUUGUUACUGCAGCCUGCAACAGCAUGACAUGAAAAAAAAAGGUGAAUUUAUUUUUGGAGAAACUUGGCGAACUUUUUAAGUGCUUUCAAUAUUGAUAAAUGGCAUCGCAAAUAAAA